GGUCCACCAGGAUGAAGGGUGGCGCUGGUCUUCCAGGGAAAUCAGCUGACAUGAAGAACAUUGAAGUAAUGUUUGAAGACUAUGGCAUAAGGCUGCCCUUGCUGAAGGCACUGAUUGACAGGCUGCUGCAGGACGGCAUGGAGGAACUUCUGCAGGAGCUAACCACCUCUAGGAGAGUCAAUGAGAAGGAGAAACACGGCUCCAACAUUAUCACUGACUACACAAGAACUGUAAAGUAUGAGAUCUCCAAGGAGCCUCUGACAGAGAUGGACACCAUAGAGGUGGCAGUUGACUCUGACCUAGACAGACAGCUACCAGAACCUAACUCUGAUGCUUUGAAUGAAACGGCGGAGGGCCCCACAUUCUGGAACCUCACCCCUCUUAAUGGUCUUAAUGGCGUCCAAGACGUGGGGAGGAUAGAGAGCACCUCUAAGGGGAUAGAGGGCACACUGACAGUGGACGAGGACUUCAGUGAAACUCCCUCGCCCAAGUUGCCUUUAUCAAACUCAACAUUUAACAACACAACGUCUGAAGAGAGGGUCUCUGAGGUACCAGGGGCAAUAUUAGAAACUGUUCUCCUCAAUGAGGAAGACUCCUUGAAGAAAAAGAAGAGUCGAGAACGGAAGGGCAAGGGACAGAAAGGACGACAUAAGAGGCAAAGACAACGCCUGACGAGUACAGAGGAGGAAGAGGAAGCGGUGGAGGAGGAAUUAUACGAUGGGGAUGAGUACAGUUAUGAAUAUGAGGAUUCCACAGAUGAUCCCUUACUGUCAAUGGAAAAGCAAGGGGAGUUUGAAGUCACAACAGAAAGCACACUACAUGGAAUGAGCAAAGAGAGUGGCCUGACAACUUUGGGUCCAUAUCCAUCCCAGUCACCGGGAGACAGUGAAAAGCAGGGGGAAUUCAUCACCCCUAUCCUUCCCAGCACAACGGAAGAAACAGAGAAUGAUUCCACAGAUGAUCCCUUACUGUCAAUGGAAAAGCAAGGGGAGUUUGAAGUCACAACAGAAAGCACACUACAUGGAAUGAGCAAAGAGAGUGGCCUGACAACUUUGGGUCCAUAUCCAUCCCAGUCACCGGGAGACAGUGAAAAGCAGGGGGAAUUCAUCACCCCUAUCCUUCCCAGCACAACGGAAGAAACAGAGAAGGCGGGACCAUCUCAUGUCCGGGUCAGAGUAAGGAAGAGCGCCCCCUGGCCAGAUUACAUGGCAUACAUGCCAGGAACUGCCGGAGGAAGGAAUCGAUACCAUGACAGACAAAAAUCACAGUCGGGAGCAAGAGGUCCCAAGAAAUCACAUAGACAGAAACAAGAAAACAGAGACCCUCAGCCUGACCCUGAAUCCUAUACAGAGACGGAGGUCGACUAUGAAACAGAAAGAGACUGGGAGACACCAACAGAGAUGGAGGGAGAGAGAGAAGAACCCAUAGCAGCAGAGGAAGAGACACCAUGGGAAAGACAUAGAGAGAUGGAGAUGGUAGAAAAGAAAGGAAAAGAGAUGGAAGGAGAGAUAUACCAUGAUGCAGAAAGAGAGGAAGAGGAGGAGAGAAGUGGCGACUCUGAGUGGGACACGGAGGAAGACAGUGAAUUCGAGAGGGAGAGAGAGAGGGAAAGGAUGGAGAUGGAGAGGGAGAGGAUGGAGCUUGAAAAAGAGAGGGAAGCAGAGCUGGAGUUGCAGAGGGAGAAACUAGAGAGGGAGCACAUGGAAAAGGAGAGAGACCUGCAAAUGGAGAGGGAGAGUGAACUAGAGAGAACAGAGAUGGAGGGAGGCAGAGACCUGGACAGGGAGAGAGAGGAGUGGGAGAGACGGAGGCAGGAGAUGGAAAGAGAGAGCGGAAGACAAGGAGAGUACGAGGAGGAAGGAGGAGUAAGACCCUAUCCAGGGUCAGAAUAUGACUAUUUGAAGGGCGCUCCGGGUGAAAAUGGACUUCCAGGGACCGAAGGGGAACUUGGUGAAAAGGGACACAAGGGUGAGCCAGGUAUUGGCCACAGAGGUCCUGUGGGACAGGCUGGUCCACCUGGAACUAAGGUAGACUCCCACACCAUCACUUAG